UGAUGAUCAGUGUAGCCCCAGCAGUGCCACCUGUCAGUACCCAUCAAUGCCAGCUGUCAGUGCUCAUCAGCCACCUGCCAGUGCCUCAUCAAUGCCACAUCAAUGCCACAUAUCAGUGCCUACCAGUGCACAUCAAUGUCACAUAUCAGUGCCCAUCUGAGCUGCCUUUCAGUGUCACCUACAGUAUCAUUGCCAGUCAGUGCCACCUAUCAAUGCCAGUCAGUGCUACCUAUCAGUGCUGCCAAUCAAUGCCAAUCAGUGCCAGUCAGUGCCGCCAAUCAGUGCGCAUCAGUGCCGCCUAUCAGUGCAUGUCAGUGCUGCCUAACAGUGCCAGUCAGUGCCACCUAUCAGUGCCAGUCAGUGCCACCUGUCAGUGCCAUAUAUGAGUGCUGCCUUUCAGUGCCCAUCAGUGAUGCCUGUCAAUGCCCAUCAGUGCCACCUACUAGUGCCUCCUCAUCAGUG